CAGUGAACCGGACACCACACUCCAUAUUCCUCAGUGAACCGGACACCACACUCCAUAUUCCUCAGUGAACCGGACACCACAAUCCAUAUUCUCCAGUGCUUUCUCAGGCAUUGCGGUUACAUCUCCAGUGCUUCAGAUGACAAUAUUUUUGAGAAUCCAACCAGAUGACUUAUCAUUCCCACCAUUACAGGACAUCAUGGACGUCUCCAACCAGACACAGGUGAGGGUAUUCCUGUUUUCCGGGCUGACAGACGAUAACAAGCUCAUCCCGUUCCUCUUCAUGCUCUUCUUGGUGGUCUACACAGUGACACUGGUGGGAAAUAUUGGCAUGGUAACCCUUGUGCAUGGCACCAGCAGCCUCCACAGCCCCAUGUAUUACUUCUUGUCUUCUCUCUCCACCGUUGACCUCUGCUACUCCUCAGUGCUGACGCCCAAGAUGCUUCUCGACCUCCUUUCCAAGGUGAAGUCCAUAUCGUUCUAUGGUUGUGCUGUGCAGCUCUUCUUUUUUGCUGGCCUCGCAGUCACCGACGCUCUCCUGCUCUCGUGUAUGUCCUACGACCGGUAUGUUGCCAUAUGUCAUCCUCUCCAUUACGUCUUGAUCAUGACCUGGAGGAGAUGUCUGGGUCUGGUCCUCCUUGCGUCAUUUAUCGGCUUCUUCCAGGCAAUGGUACAGACCACUUGUGUGUUCCAUCUGCGAUUCUGUGGGCCGAACCUUAUAGACCACUUCUACUGUGACAUCCCACCGCUGCUGAAGCUGUCAUGCUCUAGCACUCUCCUCUGUGACACCCUGGAUGUCUUCUUCACAUGUUUUUGUGGGGUUGGCUCCUUGGUGACCGUCUUGGUCUCAUACACUCUGAUCAUCUCCUCCAUCGUGAGAAUUAAGUCCUCAGAGGGCCGGCAGAAGGCCUUCAGCACAUGUUCUUCCCAUCUCACAUGUGUCUCCAUCUUCUAUGGGACGGUCUUCUUCAUCUACCUACGUCCUCCGGCCACCGGCUUUGGGAAAUGGGACAAGGUUGCAUCCAUCUUCUACACAGUCAUGAUACCGAUGCUGAACCCUCUUAUAUACAGCUUAAGGAACAAAGAGGUGAAGCAGGUGAUUCUGGACGCCACACAGAAGUGUUCCUGAGGGAUUCUGGGCUUGUGGUGAAGGUUCCUUUAAAAAAAAACAUACAAACUGCAACAAUACAGUUCUACACCAAAUCUCAGUUUACCGAACCGGCGUUGAAGGAGGCCACCUAUUAUUAUUAUAUACAGCAGCUCUAUCCCCCUCCACCGCACCUAAUAUAUACAGCAGCUGUCUCCCCCU